AUGACAUCCCAUCAGAUCGCUAUUGCGAAGGCGGCCUUUUCUGCUGGCCUCUUACGCCCCGAUCCUUCAUCAGUCCCUCGAGAUGAUAUCGCCGCCUUCCACUCCCACCUUGAACGCGCCUUGUCACAUUGCUCCCCGGCAAACAUCCAGACCUGCAAAGCAUGGCUACUCAACUUUGUGCUCUCCUCUUCCAAUCGGGUAGGAGGACUGGCAAAGUACCUGGUGGCAUUGGCGGAAUCUUUUGAUGAAGCUCCAGCAGGCGCUAAGCCGAAGCCUUCGUUGAAGCGUCGCCGGCUCCACAUCCUCUAUCUUCUCAAUGAUUUGUUACACCACAGCAAGUAUCACUUGGACAGCACCGCAAUCUUCUCCACGGUGAGCGGGUCCUUGCAGCCAUUCAUGAUCGACCUACUCGGCCACGCUGCAGCCUACGAUCAGCAUAAGCACCCCCGACAUCAUCGCCGCCUAAAUGAUUUACUUGAUAUCUGGUCUGAGCACGGAUAUUUUGGUCCCGAUCUGCUCCACAGGCUGCGGGAAGUGGUGAAGCACUCGGCCUCCACGGGAGGGGCCCCAUCAUCGAACGAUGUCUUGGCCAGCGAAGCAGAUGCGGCCAAGAAGUUGCCCGGGAAGGAUGCACCAUUCAUCAUGCCAUCGACUCAUGGUGACCCGUCAACACCGUACUACGAUCUUCCGGCCGGCAAUCUGAUCCCCCACAUCAUCCCGAACUCGACUAUCCCUCUUCACGCCGAUUCCAUCAAGCCGCUUCAAUUUCUCGCUGGUCCCGCAGAUGAGAGUCUGGUACAGGCUCUCAAGGGAUUUUUGAAGGAUGUGGACUUGAUCUACGGAAAUGAGGAGCUCGUCAAGGAUAAUGGGAAUAUCGAUAUUGAUGAGCUAGGCCAGAGGAUCGUGCGGGACGAGAUCACCGGGGACAUUCUGGAUGGUGAGACAUACUACGGCUGGUCACGAGCAUUCUGCCAGCAGAUGAAAAAGCGAGGACCCGAGGGUACUCGCAGUCGCAGUCGCAGCCGCAGCCGCAGCCGCAUCGAAUAUCCCGAUCGCGGAGCCAGUCUCCGGCAGGUAGACGUGAGGCUCGGUUCGGAUCGUCGUCCAGAAGCCGUUCCCGCAGAUUGGCUGGCCGCGAAAGCCCAUAUUCAGCGCGUCAAGCAUCACCACCUCAGCAGCCUCAACAGCCUCAUUUCCCCCCUCCCCACCAAGCUUCACAUGCUCACCCCCCCUCCAGCAUACCCUCAUUCACAGUAUGCUCCUUUGGGAACCAAUGUGCCUCCCCCACCUCCACAAUACCCCGGCUGGCCACCUGCCCCACCCCCACAGUUCCCGAACAUGGCCUUUCCCCCACCCGGAUCUGGCAUCAACCCUCCAGCCUUUCCUCCCUCCUUCCCCGGACAUUCUAUGCCUGUGCCUCCAGGAUCGCCUCUCCCUCCUGGACAGUAUCACUUCCCUCCGCCUCAUCCUGGUGGGCAGCAGGGUGCCCCUUGGGGGCCUCCUGGCGGACGAAGUUGGCGAUAG